CGACUGGCUACCACUGGCUUAUUGCGUUGAUGUGUGAUAUGAUCAAAACCAACAAACUUUAAAGAAGAUUCAUGGGCUAGCUGUGUUCAUCAAUGCUAGUCCACAGCGCCGGGAAGCUUUUAUGGCUCUACAGACUGCAGUGCCAAAGCUUUUUCCAGUUCAAGAUGUUCACACGCGCUGGAAUUCUACUUUCUUGAUGCUUGACUGUGCUAGGAAGCUCCAAUGGGUCUUUGACCAGUACUGUCACGGAGUACGGGCAUUCACCAACAACGCAAGAUGUUUGUAAACUUUGGCCUGUUUGAAUAUAGGGC